GGAUGGUAUCUCGGGUGUUCUGUUCGGGUUUUUUGCUGUUUUUCCUUUUUUUGUUGGUUCGGUCGCUCUUUUAUCAAAAUAUCAACAGUGGUACAGAUUAUGACGGGACCAUUAUGUAUUUAGAAUUCACCGUGGAAACAUCACCGCGUACACGGAAGAUAUCUUAGUCUAUAUUCGGGUCUGAGUCAGUGACUAUUAUUUUUUUGAAAACAUCAACGGCUUUCACGCGUACUGAUAAAGGAAUAUACUGGAUUUAAGGGAGGGAUUGGCUUCUCGUAGCAGAUUGCAAUCUCAGAAAAGAGUGUACGUCAAAUUUCGGAAACGAAUAAUAUUACAAUGUAUGAAAACAUAAAAACACAAUAAAUAACACAUAAACGGUUAAACAAUGACCUAGAUCGAUUGCAUCUGAACUGCACACACAAAGCCGUACUGAUAAGGGGCAGCCUAAUUUCGCACACACUUUUUGCCCUCUGAUAGCAGUGUCGUCUUGUUGCAAAGAUAAUUGAAGUGAAUUGAUUGCAGUGUUUGACAAAAGCGUACACGAAUUGCCCCAGGAAAGAUAUCAAACUGGACAAUUUCGUAAUAAAGUGAUAUAAUCGUUCUACGUCGAGCUCAAGUGACAAAAUAAAACGUCGAAAUAGAACAAAAGAGUUUUCGGUGAUUCGCGGCUUGGACGUGGAGAGGUGUUGUGAUUUGUUUCGCCGAUAGAGAAAACAUUUCAAGUUCACAAUGGACAUGACCAUGUCGUCGAAGCUGCACCUAUCCUGCAAUGGUGACGGCAGUCGAAAUGGGCCUGGCAGUUCCAGUGGGUGCAGCAGUAGCAGCAACAGCAGCAGUAACGGAGGAGCUCCCGGGAGCGGUGUUGAACACAUCAAACGACCGAUGAACGCAUUUAUGGUGUGGUCCCGGGGGCAGCGGCGGAAGAUGGCACAGGACAAUCCCAAAAUGCACAACUCGGAGAUAUCGAAGAACUUGGGAGCGCAGUGGAAGCUGCUGACCGAAGGCGAGAAGAGACCGUUUAUCGAUGAAGCGAAGCGAUUAAGAGCCCUCCACAUGAAGGAACACCCGGACUACAAAUACCGCCCCCGACGGAAGCCCAAAACCUUGGUCAAGUCACCGACCCCUGCCAAUGCGGCCAGCACAUCCACACCGGUAGCCUCCAAGGAACCACUCCGGUCGCACUCUCCCCAAAGCAAGUCCCCCUACAACCCCUCGCCCCUCGCCACACCCCUCAGCAUUCCGCCGGGCAUCUUCCCUUCCUAUCACUUCGCCUACGAUCUGCACCAGAAGGCAUUCUGGAAUCUCUACGGCAGCCACAUACUGUCGACGAUGGUCCCCCCUUACAUACCACCGCACACACCCCACCCCCUGGCUUAUAUCAAACCAUCAAAGUCGUCUCCACCGUCGCCGAUCGCACCCCCUUCACCGAUACCGUCGAGUAACGUCAUCUGACCUACGCCGCUGCGCUACAGUGCAGAACAUAGCGUCUAAAGUGACUCUAAUCUCUUCUAUUUAGCCCCCUCCUUGGAGGAGAAAGAUAAACAACAAAUCUAAAAAUAAGGCUUGUUGCAUAAGUAAGACGAAUUUCCCGAUAAAUUAGGAAGUGAAAAUAAAAUCUUAACCAUAUCAAUCUACAGUUAAAAUAGAAUCAACUGUUCAUUGAUUUUACAAUGGAUUAGGUUUGUUACAAUGAAGAAAAUAUCAAAUUAAUCAAAAUCGUUAUUAUAAUUAGUUAAAUUUGGUUUCUGUUUUAAGAUUCGGCAACAAACAAUUGAUUAAGCGUGCAAUUUUAAGAUUAAGUAGAUUAUAUCUCAUUUUAGAUUUAAUAAAUUGUACAUAUUUACCGUAAGAUCAAGCAGAGGCUCAGAAAAAAAAUCACAGCGUUAUGUAAAUGCUGGAUUUCUGUGUAAAUACAAAGGAAACAAAUAAUUUCCUGCUCCGAAACUGCUAUGAACAAUUUAAUAAAGUGUAUGUAUGUUAUGUAUAACUAAAU